GGCAACCCGAUGGUCUCAGAAGAAAUGGACUCUGAUCAUCACAGCUCCAUUCCUAGAUUCCUACCCUACCACAUAAAGAUCAUGAAAGUAGCAUUGGCAGUAGCUAUCAUCCGACAGAAGACCAGAGGGGGUGUGUGUCAGGCAGUACACGGAGCGACUGGCCCUCCAGUUCAGCCAACUGCAGCAGGAUUGGAGGGAGAA